GCUGCAGCAAGAAGAAGGCAAAGCAUCAAGCCUCCUACUUGGUGCUGCUUCAACUGCUCGGCACCAGCCCCACAACUCCACACGAAAAGGCUGCUCUUAGGGAUCUACGAGUGGCUGCCGCUGCAACACUUGGUAUCGACUAUGGAUGCACACUAGAUGGUGAUGACGUGGACUUCGCCUUUCGUGCGCCGGCGAUUGACCCCAAGGUCAACAGCGUUGGUGAGUUGCAGGAGUACUGCCAGAAGAACAUGUGGCCUUCUCCAGUCUACGAGUUCAAAGCUAAAAGGAAGGCGGCCGCUGAUUUCCUGAAGGCGAUAAUAGACCAAGGCCUCUCUAUCCCGACGGAAGAGUUGGAGGCCAUUGAAGAAGAUAGUUUGCCCUUGCUUGAAAAGAAGGAUAUGAAUUCUCUGAAGGACAGGCAAAGCAACAACGAAAAAGCGGCUAAGUCCGUUCGAAAGCUCUUGUCUGGUGUCUUUACAAGUCGUGGCAAACUCCCUCAACUGAAUAUUGAUAGCACGGCGGUCGGAGAUAAGGAUGUUUACAGGACGUUGGAUGCCAUUUUGGAGACCCACAAACUGACUAUAUCCUACUCGAUCGUUAAAUCUACAAAUUCGGGUAAACUGUUGUUAUCUUUGAUUUCUGCUCUGCCGAUUCGGAUUAUUUAUCUGGAUAUUUUGCCUAUAUUGACUAUUGACCCUUCUCUGUAUUCCUUCGUGAUCUCCUCCUUAAAUUUGGAUAGACUCUUUACCACAUUACGUGCUGUGCAUUAUCUGCUUGACAAGAAGUACGCACUCCUACCUUCUCUUAAAACGAUGCUUUGCGGUGGACGUGCCUCACGCUAUGUAUUCUAUAAGAAACGGAAGGUUUACUGCCAGGCUCAAUUGUCAACCCUUCCGCCCCAAGUAAUCGGCAGCCGUCCGUUUGAGACAGAGGAAGAAGCCCGCAAGGACGCCGCCCACCGAUGUAUCACGUAUUUAAAAAUUAUGACUAUGCCAGCGCCCCGGUUCGACGACGCGUGGUUUCGUUACUACACUUAG